CCUCUCUGAUCGUCUGCUGCUUCUGUCAGAGCUCGAACUUCGGCUUCACCAGUGCCUCAGACACAAGCACCAUGGAGUCCCACGAGCAUAACCACUCUCUGGACUUCUACAACGGAACGCCCUGGUUCAUUUAUGAGUGCACCAUAGAACUGGACACAGACUACCGCCGGAUCGCCCUCUUCCUCCUCUAUCUCUUCAUUUUCAUUGCUGGCCUCUUGGAGAACCUGCUCGUGCUGUGGAUCAACUGGCGCAGACGUCACUCUGCUAACGGCGUGCUAUUCUGCCUGCUAAACGUUAGCAUGUCUGACAUGAUGGUUAUCUCCAUUCUACCUUUCUACAUGCUGGAAGUUACCAUCAACCAAGUUUGGCUUUGGGGCCGAUUCCUCUGCAAAGUCACUAAUCUCAUCUAUGCAGUGAAUUUAUACAGUAGCACAUUUUUCCUUGCGCUAAUGACGCUAGAACGUUACUUAACGCUAACCAAGCCAACAUUCCCUGCGCUGUUCCCAGUUACUGGACGACGCCGUUGGUGGCUUUGUGCUGUGGUCUGGUUGUUUUCCUUGUUCCUUGCACUCUUGGAGAACGUACACGUAGACCUCCUGGAAUGGGAUGAGCCGGGAUGCUACAUGCUUCCAGAACACAACUUCGUUGAGUGGUUUAUCAGUACGACCAUAAUUUCUUUAAUUUUUCAGUUUUUCAUUCCCGGAGCGGUCAUCAUCACAUGUAACUAUCUCCUUGCCAAGGCAGUACGCAAUGCUCCUGAAGUCCAGGAAAAGAGAGACGUGUGGCUGGUGCACGUGUACUCUUUGGUUUUUGUCCUGUGUUGGUUCCCCUUUCAUCUGAUCUUGUUUUUACUGUUGAUCGAUGACAUAAACCCAUUCAUCUUCAGCUGUAACACUGUAGAAGUCAUGUACUUCAUGUACAGCAUCGUCCAGUGCUUUUCUCUAUUCCAUUGUGUGGCCAAUCCGAUCCUCUACAACUUUCUGAGCAAGAGUUUCCGCAGUAACCUCAUCACCAGAGUGGUGAGUUACAUCCCGAAAGACUGGAAUAUGGAAGCACAGGUGGGAACCGCGCCAACGCAGCCCAACGGAGCAGGAGGUACGGAGGGAGGACGGAAGCAGCGCAAGAUCAGCGAUGCCAGCACCAGCCAGUCCGACGUGUCCUCAUAAAUGUGUUGAUAUAUUUUGAUGUCAUCAACAUUCUCUGGGAGGUGAUGCUAAUUGAAAGCACUGCUCUGUCUGAAGUUACUCAAGUUAGACUUUAAUCUGAGCUCUGUUUUAGCAUAAUUCGACUCUAAAGAACUGACAUAGCUGGAACUACAACAGUUGAGCUACUUUGUGCUGUUAAAUAAGUCCCUCUCAAAUUAAAUUUCAGACACAAGCUAGCUAACAUUAGCCAAAUGUUUUUCAGUUAGUCACACUCAACUUUUUGUUGAAAAUCAAACUCCUAAACAGAACCACGAACGCUCGUAUUAAUCACAGCCUCUGGAAAAUGCUGUUUAAACCCAUUUUGUAUUUUUUUCUAGAGUUUUCAGAUGAUCUUUGGUAGCGUUUACUAAUGUGUGCAUUGUGUUACCAUGGUAACUGCUAAACGUUCCGCCAUAAAAUAGAAAAAUAUCAAGCAAGUUUUGUGAUUGGAUGCAAAUGAACUGGAGACUGUCAAAAUGCGUCAACCACACUGCAAAAAUAUGAAGAUCGUGAAUCAUGGCAACUUGAAUUCAGCAUUUUAAAGCUGCGCUAUGUAACUUUUCUGUUAGGAUAUAUAGUUAGUAGAUGUGGCGACUGAUCCUCAUGUUAUCAUCUACUUGGCUAGUCCUGAAAGAUUUUGGAACAUCAGAGCCAGUUCCCUGUAUUUUUUUCCUAUAGCUGUUAGCAUUAGUCUGUAAAAAUCACAAAUUAUGAAUAAUCCAGAGGGAGUCGGCUGGUACCAACCCAUCGGCCACAUUUAGGUCAAAGGUUCUUUUAAAGGGUUGAGUGUGUAAACCUUUUGAUGUCUUUUUUUAUGGAUCAUAAUUAGCAUGUAACAGUGGCAUCUAAGCUAACAGCUAACACACUCUCAUUUGUGAUUUCUGGACUUGUGUGUGUCUGGUAAACAUCUAGUGACACUAAACCUCCUCUUUUACCUGUGACUGGUGAAGAGAGCAGAUAAAACACAUAAAUGUGAAAUACACAUUUGAUAUAAUUUAAUAUGGGAACUGGCUUCACCAUUGAUUUGUCCAUGAGGGAGCGUUCGAUCUGAUGUAAGUAAAGCAAAGCCCCAAGUGAUCGAGUUGUAGGGCAGAGACAGAGAAUCUUGCUCUGAAAUGUGCCUUUAACAUCCAUCUUGUAUUUAUUUAAUUACAGCUCUUUCAUUGUUCAGUUUUGCUGUGAGCAAUGCCACCUUUUCACAGAUCUGGCCUGUAACUUGGCUUGAUAGCAGCAUUUGCUUGUCUCCAUGGAGUAGAUAUGUUCCGUGACUUAUUGUGAAACAUUUUAGGUAAAGCAAUAACAUCUCCAUGGACACAAGCCGGCGGCAGAUCCUCCAAUAGAAAGGUUACAUAGUGCACCUUUAAAAUUAUUGCUUUUUUAAAAAGUUUUUUUUUUUUUUUUCUUUUAAUUAGUUUUAUGAAACCACAAUGGGAAUUUAUAUUUCAGAAUUUGUCAACUUGGGCUUGUACAUUUUUCUUUAAAGGCCUCGUCUCCAUGACAGUGCCAUUGCUUUGUCUGGAAUGUUCCAGAGUUUGGCGUUAAAUGCAUGCAUAUUUGUGCUUUGGAAUAAAACUCCAUUGGGUGUAACUAAUAGACUACAUAUAUAAAUGGAUGUAGUUAAAGCACUAGCCUCCACGGUCCAAAUAAGGAGUGAGCAUGGGCUCCUGGCUCCAUCGACUCUGGCUCCAAUUCACUUUACAUUGAAAAAUCUUCACCCCUCACUCUGUAGCUGCUGCUGUCAGACUUGUCAUUUUGAAUCUGAAUGAUCAUAGUAUUUUCAUUUGGCUAUUGUGGCAGUAAAUCAAGAUCUAAACAUUAAUAACAGAAAAAUCAGGCGCCUUCUUUCCCUGAGGUCACUCCUGCUGCGUUAGCAACAGGUUUGAUUGACAGUGUUGCUAAGUACCCACUCAAUUCUAAACCAGCAGGAAGGGGUGUUACCUUCAACAGCUUCACUCCAGAUUGGCUCUUUGAUACCAAGAUACUUGUGGCCGGAAUUCGACAUAUGGAACUCUGCUUCAAAUUGGCCGCUGUAACUGCUCUAACCUGGAUGAGCUUCAUCUGACUGAAGCUGAACACUGUGGGUGUCAUCACACUCACUCACUCCACUUCUUUAUAGUCUAUGGUUUAACUCCAUAGCGACAUUCGAGUGGUAGAAAACUUGCAUGGUGCUGCUUUAGAUAAAUACUGAAUGCCAUACUGUGGAACAUUCCGGGUAAAGAAAAUCGUGCUUGGAAUUGUGUCGUAACAUAUCAGAGAAUUUUCAUUUGGCCUGAUGUGAAAACAAUUGAGAUUUUAAGAAGCAAAAAACUAAAAUCAUCGUUCAUUCAAAAGUAUUCAUUAUUUUGGUUAAUGCAUCUUUAUGGACACUUUGCACUAACGAUUUUCAAACUGAGCACUAUAGCAUUGCCAUGGAGACCUUCAACCAGAAAAGUUACAUAGCUCACCUUUAACUUGAC